UUAAAUAUCCUUAAAGUUGAAUUUGGGAUUUAAUUCGAAUAGGUUUUAAUAUGUGAACUUGGGUUAAAUUUGAGUAAGAGGAAGAAGGAUGAGACGUGAUUUUUAUGUACCAUUCCUGGUAAAUUGAUCGUUCUGAAGAAUUGAUUAAUAUGAAGAGGCAGGAGAUUAUGAAUGUAAAUACAUUCGGAUGAUGGUCGUCGGGAGUUUUUGUUUCCUACAAGAAAUACAAUGGAUAGUGUUUUUGAGGCCCUCCAAGAGUCUCUACCUGUAAUCUAUCGAUAAAGAGUCUCUACCUACGAUCUGUGGUCGAGACACCUUGAAGGAGGCCAUUGGAUCUUUUGGAGCUUGACCACAGAUUUUAGUUAGAGACUGUUAUCCAUAAAUCAUAGGUAAAUGCUAUUAUCCAUACAACGUAGAGUAGAAAGUAAGAAUUGGGUUUUAUCAAGUGUUAGAGAACAAAUGUUGAUUCUUAAAGAUUGGAAUGUCAUAUCUUCAAUCUCGAUAGCUUUUCACUCUAUCUGAGUACUUUCUCUUAGAGAGAUGGGUUGUCUCUAUCCUCAGCAAGCUUACCAGUACCCGAGUGUAUCGAGCCUUUUGCUUCCUCCACAAUCUCCCUUUUCUCAAUUUAAAGGAGGAAAACUCAAUUUGUAGAAAGCAUUCUUUCAGGGGGAGCUUACUGUAUUUUCCUCAAUUCCUAUCAAUAAUCUUCACAAUACUUUUGUAAUUUAGUAAUUAAUAUUUAUUUAUUUAAACCGCAUCUUUCAUUAAUUACAUUUGUAUAAUUGAAACAAUACAUUUGGUGUACCUAUACCGAAUAUGUAAAUUAAUUGUCUUCCAGUUACGCUUCAAAAUAAUUUUUUUUUUCUUUUAUAAGACAGAAAAUAUAUUUAUCCUUUCUUCAAAUUAAAGCUUUAUAUAUGAAUAUUUACCUGUGUACAUAGUCUAAGCGCUUAAUUAAAGCUCUAAGUGUGUUUAAUUCGAGGGUCACUAUUUAUUAAUUAGUUUAUAAUACAAAUAUAAUGUUGUGAAACAAGAUGUUGACCAAUAGACGAGACGAAACAGGGGUGUAACCUUGGAGAAACGUAUAGAUAGUGAGAGAUAAUAGUAGAAAAUUUGAAGGACAGAACGGUAUAUUUGAGAGAAAGUGAAUGCUAUGACGUGACGAAUCUUUUAUCAUGCUGAGAGGAGCAUAUACGAUUUAACCAUUUGCCAUGUUAACUCCCCGACAGUUCCUACAAAAUUACAGACUGCCACAAGCUGCCAUACAGAAAAGUGAGGAGAAAUUGUCGAAAAUAUUGUUAUUUAAAUGUUACACUUAUCUAAAAUUUCACGGUCACGUCCUGGAUCGUGAUGGAGCCGAAAGAAUUAGAUCCGUGGGUCCUCCUAUUGUUAUACCCGAGACGUUUCCCGGUUGGAUGGCCAUGAUCACUAGAGACGGCCAAACAGCGGGGUAUUUUCUUAAUAUUCGACAAAUUGCCGAAGCGGGAGUGACUCACUUCCUCGUACGUGACACAAUUAAUGGAUACCAACGUUUCCCAUGCAGGAAAAGAGGACAAAAGUAUAAAAAAAUCGUCAUUAACGGCGGAGAAGUGCUGAGGUACAUCAGAACUUACGAGAGUUAUAGGGGGAGAUUAUAUAAAAGGGAGCCUAAAAGAUACGCUAAAUGCGCGAGAAAGGAUGGGAAAUUAGUUCUACUACCUCACGAAACUUUAGGGAGGUUUUAUAUGGUGGCUAACAAAUACGAAUUCACUCAUAAUCACCUCUUCAGAAUAUCGGAUCUGCUACGUCAGGAGCAGUUACAGCUACCAUUAGUGACGUUGUUAAUAACCGGAUAUCCGAAAGAUAUGAAAGAUUUUAGUAAAAUUAUACGUCUAGAAACCAUCCAGCCGCAAACUGUUAUUUUGGCAUCGAAAUUUCGCGAUAAGGAACCGAUACUGUUCGAAACCAACUUGGAUUCCAACGUUACUCUACAGGCGACUCGCUUCGAUUCUUCCACGCAAAAUUUGCUAAAAUAUUGCCAAGAAUUUGCAGAUAAUUGGAGGAACAGCAUAAAGUAUCAUAAAGACGAAAGACGUCGCAAGGGGAGCUUCACGCGAAAGAGAUUUGUCAAUUUGUUUAGGUACGAGAGACGUUAUUUGUCGUUCAGGAAGAAGAUUAAAAGUAGUGGCAGCAGCACCGGUAGAUCGCGGAUAUCCGCUUAUCACGUUUACGACAGUAUCGAUGGCGUGUCAAACAGUUCCGUCCUGACUCUGGAUGUUCCUUUUGCUAAAAAUACAACCGUCAUUCAGCUGAAUAAUAUGCGAGACAAUGAGAAUCCUUACGAAUCCGUUUGCUAAAGUUUUUUUCAUAGCUUCAAUACAAUUAAAACUCAUUUAAACGAGAUUUUCUGCUUACAAACUUUCUCAUUUUUUUUUAGAAAAGUCCAUUAAAGAGCAUUAAAAUUGUUGGUUUUAAUACAACAGUUUAUUCGUUUCUUAAACGUCUGAAGCGCACUCUUAUGUAUGUACAGUACGUCCCACAAGCGUACAAACACAGGUGUACAUAGAAAAACACAAGCGCGCGCUUAUUUAUGCGUCACUGCACUAAGCCAUUGUCUUCGCUAGUGCGCUGUCGAAAACGUUUCACGCAACACUUACAAAAUUAUUUUAUUUUUAAUCUUUCCAACGACAAUACAAUUUGCAACACUACUCCAAAGACAGGCUUCAGCUGUCAUUAGUCUAACCUUGCCUCUCAAAAUAAAUAUCAGCUUCACCGACUUUAAAAAAAAAUUAUAAAAGAUUAACACACGAUUCGUUAGUUUUAAAUUAAUACACAUUAAUUAUGUAUAUUUACAAUCGAUUCCGACACCCCGUUUUUAGCGAGUGCCGCUAGCGGUUUACUCGUCACGCGUGUUCUAUUAAUACAAUGGAAAAUUUCCCACAACAAUCAAUAAUUGUAUUAACGUGUAUUGAGCGAGUCAGCGGCAAUAAUUCAUAAAGAAAAGGAAGCGGUUUGUGUCAAAAUCGAUUGAAAAUUUGCUUAAUUAAAUAAUAUUAAUGUACAACGAGUUAAAACUGUUGAGGGGGAGAUGGUGGAUAAUGCGUGUUGCUGUCCCCUCAUCGGUCAAGUCUUGCAGUCUUGUCGUUAGUGUUACAAAUUUUAUUACCCUUAAAUAAAUACAAUUAAACGAUAUUUUCGUGGUGUGCACUACGUGUGACGUGAGCUACGUAUGGUGUCACUACACGUGACGUAAACUACGUGUGAAGUACUACGUGUGACGUGUUUUGUGACUUCAUACAUACACGUGCACAUUUAAGUAAAUAAACACGAAAUGUUUCCUUAUUUGGCGGGAAAGUAUGCCUCGAUUCAUCACCCUCGUAACAAGAUACAAACUUAAUAUUCAGAAAAUGAUGCGCCUCUCCCGUUUCUCGUUUAUUCCAGGAGCCAUUAUUACGUAACACAAGUUCAUUUAAGUAAUUAUCGGCUUAGUUUGAUUCAUUGGCUCCAGACGGCAGCGUGUAGUAGGCCUUAUUACAGCGGCCAUAUUUAUGUUCAUUACGCCAAUGCUUCUCCGAUCCGUAUUGCAAAUUAUGGAGGUUUUAACCGGGUUCGAAUCCUCGGGUGGUUUUGGUAGUCGUGUGGGGUAUUCUGGGAUUCUUCUUUACUGACCAGAAAACCCUUCAACUUUUGCAAUUUAAUUAAUUCACGUAUAAAAUAAAAAAAAUUAAAAUAAUACAAAACAUAAAUCUGAACAAUGUGGCUUGCGUGUAACUUGCCACUAUAUUUUUAAAUCAGUUUUAUUUUAAUAAAUUAAAUAUUUUCCUGGUAAUAAAAUAAGAAAUUGUUAGAGGCAUUGGAAAAUUUACAAUGAAAUUAGUCCUUCAAACUUGUGACGUUAACAGGGGCUUUUUUUAAUCUCGACUAACCUUGAACACAAUUAAAUAAUGAACUUUGAUAGCUAGUUAUUUCGUCAUCACAGAGGACUUUCGUUGUUGCACAGUGUUGUAAAGUGUGUUGUUGCACAGUUAAUUUAAUAAAACAACACAUUUCACUGCAGUUUGUUCGAUGAAGUUGCUGUGUGACGUCACGAUCCUCGAUUUGUCGUACAGAAUUUCUUCAGGAAUGAGAAGCAGCGAAAGUCCACUUACAUAUAGAAGCCUGAAGACACGAAGAAUUGAAAAUUCAAUUACGUUUACAAUGACUCGAAUUACACAGGAAAUAUUACAUCAUAGGUAUUGCACUGUAAUUCAUUAAUAUCUUCAUUGUGAAAUCGGACUUUCUCACUUCUAACGAUGACUCAUCGGCAGAUAACCGUACUUAGAGGACUUUAACAUUUUGUAUAAGCUGCAGCAAACGAAGUAGAAUAUAAUACGUAGAGUGGCAAUGCCCAUUUUUACAGCACUCUCGGUGGCAACGAUCAACGCGUUGCCUUUAUACAACACAAAUGGUUCGUCCCCUUGACUAAAAGAAAAAUGGCGGACGUGUAUUCAAAUUUCUUCGUACAUGGCGUCACUUCAUGUAUGUAGUAUGUUCUAGAUCGUGUUUGCAGUAGCAUCUAGAACUGCACUUAAUGUGUCGACGUCGUCGUUAAACUGGGAAAAGAAUAAUUUAAUUUUAUUUAUACUAAAAUAACGUAUAAAGGGAGACAAAUUAAUAAAUAAAUAAAGUGGGCGUGUGACAACAUGGAGUGUAUAGUAUGUCAUAGUUACGGUACAUGCAAUGGUAUCGUGUCUCGUAGUAUUAUUGUU